AUGUCACCUUCAAAAGUUUUCCAGAGUCCUGAGGAGAAGAUCAGGAGUGAGCUUGGGCUCUCUUCUGGGGUUUUGAUUAUCAGACGGAAUGCUCCGGCGGCUUUGUUGUAUGAGGACGCUCUUUUGGAGCGCAAUACUGCGAUUUCCAGCACGGGCGCGUUGAUUGCGUACUCGGGGGAGAAGACGGGUAGGUCACCAAAGGACAAGCGUAUUGUGGAUGAGCCUACGUCUGCUAAUAAGGUUUGGUGGGGUCCUGUGAAUAGGAAGGUGUCAGAGCGGACGUGGGACAUCAACCGUGAAAGAGCUGUGGAUUACUUGCGGACCCGUGAGCAUUUGUAUAUAGUUGAUGCAUUUGCAGGCUGGGAUCCUCGGUACCGUAUCAAGAUUAGAAUCGUUUGCUGCCGUGCGUACCACGCGUUGUUCAUGACCAACAUGUUAAUCAGGCCCACGGAGGAGGAGUUGGCUGAGUUUGGUGAGCCCGACUUUACCGUCUGGAACGCUGGUCAGUUCCCGGCAAACACACACACCGAGGGUAUGUCCUCCAAGACUACUGUGGAGAUUAAUUUCAAGGCUAUGGAGAUGGUUAUCCUCGGAACCGAAUACGCUGGCGAGAUGAAGAAGGGUAUUUUCACGGUUAUGUUCUAUUUGAUGCCUAUCAACCAUAACGUCUUGACUUUGCAUUCCUCGGCAAACCAAGGUAUCGCCAAAGGCGAUGUUACCUUAUUUUUCGGCUUGAGUGGCACGGGAAAGACUACCUUGUCUGCUGACCAACAUAGGUUGUUGAUUGGUGAUGAUGAGCACUGCUGGUCUGACUACGGUGUCUUCAACAUCGAAGGUGGUUGUUACGCCAAAUGUAUUGGUUUAAGCGCAGAGAAGGAACCUGAGAUUUUCAACGCAAUCAGGUACGGCUCUGUCUUGGAGAAUGUGGUUUACGAACCCGUAUCGAGAGUGGUUGAUUAUGACGACUCCUCCAUCACCGAGAACACUCGUUGUGCAUACCCAAUCGAAUACAUUCCAAGUGCGAAGAUUCCAUGCUUGUCCAAUAGCCACCCUUCGAAUAUCGUCCUAUUGACCUGUGAUGCCUCAGGUGUGUUGCCUCCCGUGUCUAAGUUGACUCCUGAGCAGGUAAUGUACCAUUUCAUUUCUGGUUACACCUCCAAGAUGGCUGGUACUGAACAAGGUGUGACUGAACCAGAAGCAACCUUCUCCUCAUGUUUCGGCCAGCCAUUCUUGGCUCUACAUCCAAUGAAGUACGCUACUAUGUUGGCAGAGAAGAUGUCUCAGCAUAAUGCUAACGCAUGGUUGAUUAACACCGGUUGGACUGGUGCUUCUUACGUGUCCGGUGGCAAGCGUUGUCCGCUAAAAUACACUAGAGCCAUUUUGGACGCUAUUCAUGGAGGCUCUUUGGCUAACGCUGAUUACGAGACGUUGCCAGUGUUUGGUUUGUCUAUUCCAAGAGCUGUCGAAGGAGUCCCAAGUGAAUUGCUAAAUCCAUCCAGGAACUGGGUUGAAGGUGAAGAAAAGUAUAGCAAGGCUGUUACCUCCUUGGCUAAUCUAUUCGUGCAAAAUUUCAAGAUCUACCAGGAUCAAGCCACCAAAGAAGUCCUGUAUGCAGGUCCACAAUUAUAA